ACCUGACCUGCUCUUCUGAGAACAGCAAGUAAGAAAAGUUCUACCAUCAUGGCUUUUAAGUUCCUGAUCCUCGCGGCCAUCAUCGCCGUAGCCAGUGCCGCUUCCCGUCCGCUGGGCGACCGCUACGACGACCGUCGCUGGAACCGACCCCAGGAGUCUCGUCCCCAGGACGAUCGGGAUUCCUCGUCGUCGGAUUCAGACUACUCGUACGGCUACGCCAUCCGGGACGACUGGACCGGGGACUGGAAGAGUCAGCACGAGAGCCGCCAGGGAGAUCGGGUUCGGGGCCAGUACCGGAUGAUGGAGUCGGACGGAACCGAGCGGAUCGUGGACUACAGCGCCGACGACUGGAACGGGUUUAACGCGGUGGUCCGCCACGAACCCGAGUGGCGCCAGCAUCCGGUGCGAGUUGUGGAACUGCGUCCGCUGGAGCAGCAGCAGCAGGUUCUGCGUUACCAGGAUCGUGCGGCCACUUCCGAUGCGCACAUUGCGCUGCACUCGGGACCACAACCGUGGUCCAUUUCCAACAGAGUUCGUCAUAACUGAGGAAAGGAUGGAUUGGAGUAGGAAGACCAGGCUAACGAUGAUUGAUCUUGAACUGAUAGGUUAGGGAAGAUUGUAUUAUGAACGAUUUGGGGAAUAAAACGCUUCAUUGGAGUACUCGAGUAUUAAA